GUCGAGAUUUUGGUAAACUGAGGUCAAAUCGCUCCGUUAUUCAGCACCGCUGGACGCGGGACAAGGUACGUUUCCUACUUGAUCGCUGCGCUGCGAUAAGCGGCGUAACGCAACCCUACGCCGCAGCAAUACCGCCUCACAUCGCUAAGGCCCAUACAGCUGCGGCUGGUUUUCUUCGCUGCGAGCGCGAGCAAUAACACACAUCGACGCCGUCGCCGCGCCGCCGCCGCGUCACCUCCGUUUCCCGUAGGCCACGAUGAGCGCGAAGGGAGCGAAAAUUUUCAAGACCAAAUGUAGUCAAUGCCACACCGUCGAGUCCGGCGGCGCGCACAAGCAGGGGCCGAACCUCCACGGCAUCUUCGGGCGGCAGUCCGGCCAGGCCACGGGCUACUCCUUCUCGGACGCGAACAAGAACAGUGGGAUCAUCUGGGGGGAAGACACGCUGUUCGACUAUUUGUUGGCCCCCAAGAAGUACAUUAAAGGCACGAAGAUGGUCUUCGCGGGCAUCAAGAAGCCGAAGGAGCGCAAGGAGCUCAUCGCGUACCUGAAAGAUGCCUGUGCAUAGACGUCGCGUCCCCUCUAAGGUUUAUCUUGUGUCCA